AAGAUGCAGCAUUUGUCUUUGAUCAAUCCAUGAAUGAUGAAUUCAAGAAGGGUGUCGGACCAAAGAAGUUAUCCUACGGUGAGUUGGCUCAUUCAACAAAUAACUUUGCAGAAGAAGAAAAGCUUGGAGAGGGAGGAUUUGGUGGAGUCUAUAGAGGUUUCUUGAGGGAAUUGGACUCUUAUGUAGCUGUGAAGAGGGUGUCAAGAGGUUCUAAGCAAGGGCUUAAAGAGUGUGCAUCAGAAGUUAAGAUCAUUAGCAGAUUGAGGCAUAAGAAUCUGAUGCAGCUCAUUGGUUGGUGCCAUGAAAAAAAUGAGCUGCUACUCAUUUACGAGUUCAUGCCAAAUGGGAGCUUAGAUUCCCAUCUUUUUAAAGGAAAAAGCCUAUUGACAUGGGCACUAAGGUACAAAAUUGUGCACGACUUGGCGUCUGCUUUGCUCUAUCUUCACGAAGAGUGGGAACAAUGCGUGCUGCACAGGGAUAUUAAAUCAAGCAAUAUUAUGUUGGACUUAAAUUUCAAUGCCAAAGUUGGGGAUUUUGGGCUAGCUAGGCUUGUUCACCAUGAAAAAGGAUCUCAAACAACACUUUUGGCAGGGACAUUGGGCUACAUGGCUCCUGAAUGUGUCAUCACGGGCAAGUCUAGCAAGGAAUCAGAUGAGUAUAGCUUUGGAAUCGUUGCACUGGAAAUAGCAUGUGGAAGAAAAUCCAUUGAUGUAAGGGCACCAGAAACUCAAUCAAGACUGGCGGAGUGGGUUUGGGACCUCUAUGGAACAGGAAAGCUUCUUGAAGCGGUAGACCCCAAAUUAUGUGCAAAUUUUGAUGAGCAAGAGAUCAAAUGUUUGAUGAUUAUUGGGCUUUGUUGUGCUCAUCCUGAUUACAAUCUGAGACCCUCAAUAAGACAAGCAAUUCAUGUGCUUAAUUUUGAAGCUCCACUUCCCAUUCUCCCAUCAAAGAUGCUUGUACCAACAUAUUUUGCUCCUGAUCCCAUUGUCUCUGAGAGUAGCCAAAUCCAUUAUCCCAGCUAUGGUGACAAUACAGAUUCCUCAAAGUUUACCAUAUCUUCUAUAAAUUCCUCCCCAUCUGCAUCACUUCUAUAUACACGGUAAGGUGAUUGAAAGGAUAUCAAGUUCAAGAUUGUCAUGUAAUUGAGGUGUA